GGGGAGACUGCUGCCGUCGCUGCUGCUGAUCGCGGCUCAGGUCGGGCUCAGGGAGCGGACACCCCAAACGGGGGGUGCGGGCGCCGCCGCCGCCGCCGCCGCUUCUGCUGCUGCUGUUCCUGCUGCUGCUGUUGGUGCCGCUGCCGCCGCCGGCGAGCGGGCGGGACCGGUGUGAGUGUGAGAGUGUGUGUGUGAGUGAGCGUGUGCGAGGGCGAGUGUGCGUGCGUGUGUGUGUGUGAGUGUCUGUCUGUCUGUGCAGGGACUCGGGGGCGGGCGGUUCGGGCUCUCCUGGCGGAGGAGCCGCCGCCGCCGCCGCCGCUCGGGCCCCGGCGCUUCUCGCUGCGCAGGUUUGGAGCGCGCGCCAUUUUGUGAGAUUUACAAAAUCCUCCUCGAGAAGAAGCCGCCGGGAGCGGUCGCGACUCGGCGCCCGGCCUCGCCGCCGCCGCCCUCCGCGCCGGGCCGGGCCGCGCGGCCCCGCCGCCGGGAGUCGGGGUCCGGGGACUGCGGUAUUUGCCGGGGAGGGGGCUGUCGCCUCCCCGGCCCCGGGCGCCGCUGGAACCGCGAGCCGGAGAGAGACUGAGAAGGUUGCGGCUCGGCCGCGGAGCCGGGAGCGCCGGGGGCGGAGAGCGGCGACCCGGGCGGCGCUGGCUGCGGAGGCCGCGGCGGGAGCGCAGCGGCGGGAGCCGGAGGCUGAGACUCACCGGAGGGAGCGGCGCGAGCGCCCCGCCAUCGUCCUGGAGGAGAGACUUCAGCAUGCAAACCUUCAUCUGUUCGGCUUGCACCGUCAUUUUCAUUCCAUGCUGCUGGCCUUCAGAUGGCUGGACAGAUGCCCCAUUCACAUCAGUACAGUGACCGUCGCCAGCCAAACAUAAGUGACCAACAGGUUUCUGCCUUAUCUUAUUCUGACCAGAUUCAGCAACCUCUAACUAACCAGAGGCGGAUGCCCCAAACCUUCCGUGACCCAGCAACUGCCCCCCUGAGAAAACUCUCUGUUGACUUGAUCAAAACAUAUAAGCAUAUUAAUGAGGUUUACUAUGCAAAAAAGAAGCGAAGGCACCAACAGGGUCAGGGAGACGAUUCUAGUCAUAAGAAGGAACGGAAGGUUUACAAUGAUGGUUAUGAUGAUGAUAACUAUGAUUAUAUUGUAAAAAACGGAGAGAAGUGGAUGGAUCGUUACGAAAUUGAUUCCUUGAUAGGCAAAGGUUCCUUUGGACAGGUUGUAAAGGCAUAUGAUCGUGUGGAGCAAGAGUGGGUUGCCAUUAAAAUCAUAAAGAACAAGAAGGCUUUUCUGAAUCAAGCCCAGAUAGAAGUGCGACUUCUUGAGCUCAUGAACAAACAUGACACUGAAAUGAAAUACUACAUAGUGCAUUUGAAACGCCACUUUAUGUUUCGAAACCAUCUCUGUUUAGUUUUUGAAAUGCUGUCCUACAACCUCUAUGACUUGUUGCGGAACACCAAUUUUCGAGGUGUCUCUUUGAACCUAACACGAAAAUUUGCACAGCAGAUGUGCACUGCACUGCUUUUUCUUGCGACUCCAGAACUUAGUAUCAUUCACUGUGACCUAAAACCUGAGAAUAUCCUUCUGUGUAACCCCAAACGCAGUGCAAUCAAGAUCGUUGACUUUGGCAGUUCUUGUCAAUUGGGGCAGAGGAUAUACCAGUAUAUUCAGAGUCGCUUUUACCGGUCUCCAGAGGUGCUACUGGGAAUGCCUUAUGACCUUGCUAUCGACAUGUGGUCCCUUGGGUGUAUUUUGGUUGAAAUGCACACUGGAGAACCUCUGUUCAGUGGAGCCAAUGAGGUAGAUCAGAUGAAUAAAAUAGUGGAAGUUCUGGGUAUUCCACCUGCUCAUAUUCUUGACCAAGCACCAAAAGCAAGAAAGUUCUUUGAGAAGUUGCCAGAUGGCACUUGGAACUUAAAGAAGACCAAAGAUGGAAAACGGGAGUAUAAACCACCAGGAACCCGUAAACUUCAUAAUAUUCUUGGAGUAGAAACAGGCGGGCCUGGUGGGCGUCGUGCUGGGGAAUCGGGUCAUACGGUAGCCGACUACUUGAAGUUCAAAGACCUCAUUUUAAGGAUGCUUGAUUAUGACCCCAAAACUCGAAUUCAACCUUACUAUGCCCUGCAGCACAGUUUUUUCAAGAAAACAGCUGACGAAGGUACCAACACAAGUAACAGUGUGUCCACGAGCCCCGCGAUGGAGCAAUCCCAGUCCUCGGGCACCACCUCCAGCACGUCAUCCAGCUCAGGUGGGUCAUCGGGCACGAGCAACAGUGGGCGAGCCAGGUCGGACCCAACGCACCAGCACCGGCACAGCGGUGGGCACUUCACAGCUGCCGUCCAGGCCAUGGACUGCGAGACGCAUAGUCCCCAGGUGCGCCAGCAAUUUCCUGCUCCUCUUGGUUGGUCAGGCACUGAAGCUCCUACACAAGUUACUGUUGAAACUCAUCCUGUUCAAGAAACAACCUUUCAUGUAGCCCCUCAACAGAAUGCAUUGCAUCAUCACCAUGGAAACAGUUCCCAUCACCACCACCACCACCACCACCACCACCACCACCACGGACAACAAGCCUUGGGUAACCGGACCAGGCCAAGGGUCUACAAUUCUCCAACGAAUAGCUCCUCUACCCAGGAUUCUAUGGAGGUGGGCCACAGUCACCACUCCAUGACAUCCCUGUCUUCCUCUACGACUUCUUCCUCUACGUCUUCUUCCUCUACUGGGAACCAAGGCAAUCAGGCCUACCAGAAUCGCCCAGUGGCUGCUAACACCUUGGACUUUGGACAGAAUGGAGCUAUGGACGUGAAUUUAACCGUCUACUCCAAUCCCCGCCAAGAGACUGGCAUGGCCGGACAUCCAACAUACCAGUUUUCUGCUAAUACAGGUCCUGCACAUUACAUGACUGAAGGACAUCUGACAAUGAGGCAAGGGGCCGAUAGAGAAGAGUCCCCCAUGACAGGAGUUUGUGUGCAACAGAGUCCUGUAGCUAGCUCGUGACUAAAUCGAAACUUGAGUUUGUUUCUUGUGUGUUUUUAUAGAAGUGGUGUUUUUUUUCCAAAAAACAAAGUGCAAAGCUGCUUGAAUCAGAAGGAGAUUAACACACUGAACCGCUACAGGAGGGCAAAGCUGACUUUUUUUUUUUUUAACUUGAAAAGAUUGCAAAGGGACAAUGAAGUUUUUAAAAGAGCCAUGUCCAAACCCAUCUUCAUGGAUAGCUCAGAGGUGUCCUCUUUUUGCCUCCCUCAUUUUAACUUGCCACAUCCCGGUCAUAGUGGGGUUUUUUGUCUUUCUAUUCCACAAAAGUUAAUGUUCAGAUGUUGGUCUUGGUCAUUUGCCAACUAAUUUUAAAAUAAAAAGGCACUGCACAUAAUUUACGUAAAAGGCCCCACGAGGGUGUUUUUUUCCUUUUUGGUUUUUCCUUUUUUCGUUUUUUGUUUUUGUUUUUGUUUUGUUUUGGGCGGGGGGAUGGGAAAUUUGGGUUUUUAUGUCCUCUAAACACACUUGGGCACGGAAAUGCAGUACUGUAAGGAAGAGGGACCUCCAGCUUACACAAACAUCACCUUCAGCUGUAUGCAAGGGACGGUUGUGUUGGAGUUUGUAAGGCACAGUAAGCAUGCUAAGUGGCGGGGAUCAGAACUCUCCUGUCUGAACCUACUGAGGAGCAAAGCAGCAAUUACACGGGAUCCUGUGGGUCUCCUAUGGGAGAGGCCACAGUAAGAUAAGAUAGUAAUGGAACGUGACUGGUCUCCCAACCAAGGUGCACUGAGAAGCAAUCAACGGGUCAGUCGUGGCCAGUCCUGGGGAGGUCUGAGUGGUGGUCUUUGGGAUAACCUUUGGCCUUAUGGAUUUGGACUCGAAAUUAGAAGAGCCUACCAUUUCAGAUGCAAUCACUUUUGGACAUGCUUUUGCAGACAGUCCUUAAUGCUGAAAACAGAGAAUGGGUAAUUCAAGAGGCCUUUCUUUUAAAAUAGACUUUUGUGACCCACUAAUUGUAAGGUAUUGCAAGGUCACUUUGCGUGUGUCAUAAAGUUGACUUCCUUAUUGGUUGAAGGUCACAGAAGUAGUGGUUUGCUUUGAUGGAAAUAGCUACAGCUGUGUCCCUUCCUGCUUUUUACUUUUUCUUUUGCUUUUUCUCGGCACGUGGUAUCUCCACCAUUUCUUCUGCACAAAGAUGUCUUCUGUUCAUCCUGAACAUUUUUAAAAAAUGCAGAAUUUUAUGUGACUGCUUUUUUGCCUCACAAUUAUGCUGUGAAUUUUACAAAAAUUUAUUUUCUUUUUUGAUAAUUUAUUGUACCAAAGCUGUUUUUAUAGCACAUAGAUGUCUGUAACCAAUAAUGUAGCAGUUCUGCACUUUGACACAAGGUGUAACUAGACCAUUUUUAAAUGUCAGUUGAAAAAUUAUGGCUGUACUAUUGCUUAAACAAAACUGGAACUGUUGUUGAAUCCAUAGCCAAUACAUUUACAGCAAUCUGUGUACUGAACAUAAUAGAUUGACAUCUAAUUCAAGAUUACAACAUCUGUUACAUUCUAAAUGUGUUCAGGCUUCUGAGGGUAAAGGGACACUGGAUCCAGAAGCUAUGGAACCAGCAGUUGAUUCUUGUAUUCCCGAUUAAUCUUCUUGUAAACUUGAAAGCAAGACCUUGGUUGCACCAACAGGUCCACAUAUGAGCACGAGUAAAGCAAAACUCGCACGCAUGACCUGAAGUGAACAGGCUGGUGUUUAACAGGUGCCUCGUUUUGAGAUUAUGCUGCCUUAAUGUAACGCAGUCUGGCAGUUGCUAAAUUUGUGUUCCCAUUUUAAAUUGACCAAUUUUAGGGUGUUACACUUUUGAGUGGUUGAAUUGGGAGAAUGAGGAUGAGUAACUUAACCUGUCCAGGAUCAAAAGAAGCCUAGAAAAGAAGCAGUAAUCUACCUCUGCCGAUAACCCUGUUUAGAACAACUCAGCAGAACACCACAUUACUUUUUAUUGGUCAGUUCCAUGUGGUUGACUAGGUCCAUUUUUUCCUGAACAAAAGCAGGUUUUUAUAUGUUAAACAGUGACAAAAGAAAGGCUUAAAAAACCAUGUGAAUGUGAAUGGAAACUUGGAAAUAUCCAUUUUUAUAAACCACAAAAUUUUUUUGUUGUUAAUCAGGAAAUCCAUAUUUAUUUUGUAAUUAAAUGUCAAGCCUGUGGAUGAUUUUUGAACUUGGUAGUUCAUAAAGGUUUACAGUGAAUAAAAGGAUGUCAUCUUGAGUAUAGCAAUAUCAAAAGGAAUUCAGUAGUUACUGCUGUUUAGGAGUUAUAAGGUAAAGAUAUCAUAUGGGUCAGGUCAUUUUUUUUCUGUGCUGGUUGCCACAUCUUAAAAAGCACCAAAAAACGAAAGCAGUUUUUAAACCGCUAUUUACAUAAAGGAAAUCAUAAAACCCAGUGCUUCUGCAUACUGUGUUAUGUUACAGUCCAGUUUUGUGUGCUUUACUACACGGUUUGGUUACAGGACUUCUGUGCAUUGUAAACAUAAACAGCAUGGAAAAGGUUAAAUACCUGUGUGCAGAUUGUAAGAUCUGGUCCGGACUUGCUGUGUAUAUUGUAACGUUAAAUGAAAAAGAACCCCCCUUUGUAUUAUAGUCAUGCGGUCUUAUGUAUGAUAAACAGUUGAAUAAUUUGUCCUCAGACUCUUUACUAUGCUUUUUUAAAAUUAAUUUAAGAAAAAUGUAAACAUAGUAAAAAUCUUCCUAUGCAAUUAACCUGGUCCAGGUAAUGGUCUGGUAGGUAUACUGAUUAUAAGUUUAGUCAAAUAUGUCAAAAGGAAAAUAGUAGUUACAUCGACAUAGGCUUCAAAAAUUUCAGAAAGUAAAAACUGGAGGUUUAUCAGAUCAUUUUGAUUUUUAAAAUUGAUUCUUUAUAUGAGUGAUUAUUACAUUCACAGUUUCUCUCUGAUUCAAAGUGCUAAUAGUUUGUAGUGUUUAGAAAGGAUGUGAGAGUUAGAUGAGUUCCUCUAACAGGCUUUGACCUGCGUGGAUACAACAGGAAAUACGAAUGACACUGUUUUUCCUCCCCAGGGCCGUCUGGGGGCAUGGCGGGGACUUUCUUGUACAAAGUACAAAAUUCUGCCACCGUGAGUUAAUUUCUAACCAAAGGCGUCUCUUUUGAUAAAUUAACCUGCAUAAGUAGAUGUUAAGAUGGCUUUCAGAAGGCAAAAUCUUCAAAAGUUAAGUGUCAUUCUGUAAAAUUCAGGUUGGCUACAUAAAGUUACACUUAUCACAUCUAAGAAAGGAAAACUUCCUUUAGUUCUUUUUUUAGGGUAUGAGCAUUUUACUUAGGUAAGUGGCACAUUUUGUAUGAUACCCGACUCCAAAAGCCUAUGCUUAUUUUUCUUUAAUGAAUAUUAGAACUACCUGUACAAAAGUCACUGAGGCUGCAAUAAUUCUAUCAGGCCCACAAAAUGACUAUUGUGUUUGCCACUGUGCCCUUUUUUCCAGCUCCUUUGUUGUCAAACUUAUUGUCGUUAAGUCUUAUAAGGAAAUAUAUUAACAAAAUACACAGAUGAGGUAGCAAAUACUAAACUCCUUCUAGGUUACUAUUCCAGUUCCCUUUUGGCCUGCCUCUGUAACUUUUAGAACACAAGUUCAGUACUCAUUUUUAUAUCCAUUUUUGUAGUGGUGACCAUAUCUUAAUAGAUCAACUGGUUCAUUCCAGAUACAGAACUUGCUUUAGUGCCAUACGUGAAAAAAAAAAAGGAAAUCUUAAGGUUAAGGUUGGGGGGAAACUGACUGGUAUACUGAGACCAUAUUCAGAUUUCUUAGACUCCUACUUGGGAUGGCUAGUGACCCGCCAUUGGAAGCCUUUGGUGUCAGGAAGAGAAGAGCCGAAGUCAUGACUUAACCACGGCUGUCCUCCAGAAUUGUUUCCUAGGGUGAAAACACAGCACGUAAGAUUUAGUACAAAGAACAAGAAAAACCCUGAGAAAAUAGCUUGUUCUUUAUCAUCCCUCUUAAUGCGUUCACCUGGGGGAUGUGUCAGUGUGCCCACUGCAAACCAUCCUGUGGAUGUCACCUGGGCUUCCACGCUGAACUAGUAAUGUUUACAUGUCCCUGUGUUUACAGUGCUAGAUAUUGUUUAUGGAAGACUCAUUUUAGUAAGGUAAGUGGUCCGUUGGCUUGUGUGUUUGUCUUUCUCUUUGGUAUUAUGGACAGCCAAGGUCACAGAUUUCAGCUGCCCGCAGUGAGAAGUGAUAACCAGGGUGUUCUUGCAUCAGAACAUUCUGGAUAACAUUCACCUUGACUCGAAGAGCGCAAGGUAUUUGUCAUUAAUUUUUUCCAAUUUCUUAACCUUAGAUCUUCUUAAAGACAAAAAGGUAUUUCUCCUCUGAAAACACUAUGAUUUAAACACUUCAAUAUAUAAUAACUAGGUACCUAGAACCCCACAGGUUUCAAUACAUAGCUGCUUUAUUUGAAAUCACAGUUGAUGUUUUCCGUAAUUUCGCAUCUUGAGGUUAAGUCCUUUUAUUAAAGUUGGGGUGGGAAUUCAUGUGUGCGCAUUUUCAGUUUCGGCAUGUGCAGUAGAACUUGGGAGUCUUCAGAGCAGUGAGGAGGUGUAGACGGACGAGCCUUGCACUCACUGCCACCGGAUACCGAUGUCCAGCUCAGCUGGCUUCUGAGGAAGCAGUGUUAGUCCAGGAGGCCUGUUGGUUAAUAACGUGUAGUUUUAAAUGUGAGGCAGGAAAGAGGGUGACCAAGCUUUUGGCGAAGGAUGGAGGAAAUGGGGCUAAUAAGUGGAGCGCACCGUUCGUGGUGGAAGAUACGCCAAUAGGAGGCGCUGUCGUGGGCACGGCUGACCGUGUGUUCUCAGACCUACAAAGAUCCUUGAGGGUUUUUCAGGUUUUAACACACAGAGAGGCCAUGGAGGCAUUACAUACAUUUUGUCUGUUUUGAAAGACCAUAAUUUAUUUGGUUAUCUUUCCAAUUAAAUUUUGAAAAUUGCUA